AUGAAAUUUGCGACGAGGCUUAUCAAUAAAUUCAAAGUGAAUAACCCAGUUCUCUUACUCCUAAUUGUGUAACAAAAAUCAUUUGAAAAACUUAUUAUUUGAGCUAAUUUUAUACAAUUUUAAGCUCUAAAGCAUAAAAUAAAUAAAUUUUUAUUGUCUAAUUUUGCAUUUAGGCUUUGAAAUCCUAAAAAACUUUUUCACGGAAAAACCAAAAAAUAUUUGCUCGCUAUCAAAAGGUCGGUUAGAAGAGCCUUCAGCACCGCUUAUGUCUACUUCAAUUCCUGGACCAAAAGGAGCCGAACUACUAGCCAAGCAGAGUCAAUUUUCUCAAGAUUACAGAACAGUAAUGAAGAAUUAGAUCAAAUUUUACGUGGAUUACAACAAGUCUAUAGGAAACUACGUUGUAGAUGUUGAUGGAAAUAUUAUUCUUGACACUUAUUGCCACAUUGCUUCUCUCCCUCUUGGGUAUAAUCAUCCAGAUAUGAUUUAUGUAAUUCAUAUUUAGAACACCUACUCCGGGGAAUACCAAAAAUUCUUAGCCCAAAGGCAGUCUGCAGAUGUCCCAGAUAUUCAUUGGCCAAGGAUGGUGAGAGAUAUUUUAUUGCCUCUUGCCCCAAAAAAUCUUAAUGAAGUCAUUGUAAACUGUGGCUGUGGGUCGAACUCAAACGAAGAAGCAUUCAAGAUGGCGUUUGCUUACUAUAUGAAAAAUAAAAGAGGCAGAGAGCCAAGUGACCAAGAUAUUGAGAAAGCCAUGAACAACCAAGGAGAAGAAUUAACAAUCCUUUCUUUUACUGGCGGCUUCCAUGGAGGAAAUAUGUCAUGCCAAACAACUACUCAUACAAAACCUAUAUACAAAAUUGGGCAGCCAAAAUUGGAUUGGCCGAAGGCUCCAUUUCCAGACAUCAAGCGUCCUUAUCAUCUGAACGAAAGCCAUAACAUUAAAGAAGAACAAAAAUGCCUAGCGGAGGUUGAAAAGGUUUUUAAGUCUGCUAAAAAGCCAAUUGCUGGAGUUAUUAUUGAGCCAGUUAUGGCUGAAGGAGGAGAUAAAUCAGCUUCUCCAAAUUUUUAUAUAGGAGUCCAAGAGUUAGCUCAUAAGUAUGGAGCUCUAUUGAUUGUUGAUGAAGUACAAACAGGCGGAGGAUCUACAGGAAGGUUUUGGGCCCAUGAGCAUUGGGGUGAAAGAGCUGACCCAGACAUAGUGGCCUUUGCAAAGAAACUCCAAGUUUCUGGACUGUUCUAUAAGCCGCAUUUGAGACCUGCAAGGGCUUAUGCCUUAUACAAUUCUACAAGAGGUGAUCCUAUAAGGCUGCUGAAUUUGAGAAAAAUUAGGGAAGUGAUGGAUAAUGAUAAUUUGCUGAGGCAAACAGAAAGGGUUGGCAUGAUGCUAAAAAAUUCUUUAAAUGCUUUGUCACCAAAAUACCCAAUAAACAAUGUGAGAGGAUAUGGAACUUUUUUGGCUUAUGAUUUCGAAAGUCCUGAAUGGGCUAAUGCUUAUGUAAGAGAAAUGCUUAAGUUAGGAGUUAAUGUUGGCCUUUGUGGAAGUCAAGGUAUCAGAGUUAGACCAAGCUUAAUAUUUAAGCCGAAGCAUGCCGAGCUAUAUUUAGAUCGAGUAGAAUUUGCAUUAAACCAAAUCCUGUCUAAAGGAUUCAAUUUAGCUAAAGCUUAG